AUGUGCAACCACAUCAGCCCAGGACCUCCACAUCUGGCUUCUUCACCUGCUGGAUUGUCUGAAGGGGGUGCGGAGACACUCUCUCUGACUCUCUUCCAGGGGGCUCAGAUCAUAGUAUUUCCAGAAGACGGUAUCCAUGGGUUCAACUUCAGUCGUCUGUCCAUCUCUGGUUACCUAGAGACCAUCCCUGACCCACUGACUGAGGACUGGAACCCCUGUACACAACCUGACAGACACAAUCACACUGAGGUCCUCCAGAGUUUGAGCUGCAUGGCUCGACACCACCAACUGUACCUGGUGGCAAACAUGCCUGACCUCCAGCCCUGCCCUCUGACCUCUCACCCCCACCUUGACCCCUCUCAAACUCCCUGCCCCCCUGAUGGGCGCUGGCAGUUCAACACUGAUGUAGUCUUCAGGUUGGUGGUAAAUGGGUUGUUUCUCACUACAGGUUCCCUGGCGGCUCGCUACCACAAACAAAACCUGUUCUUCGAGAAAGAAUUCGAUACCCCGCCCAGACUAGAGGUGGUGACCUUUGACACGCCGUUCGCUGGACGGUUUGGAGUGUUCACCUGCUUUGACAUCCUGUUUCACGACCCUACUGUCAGACUACUGGAGAAGGGUAUCAGACAGAUGAUCUUCCCCACAGCCUGGAUGAAUCUGCUUCCUCUACUAACAGCGGUUCAGAUCCAGAGAGGUGUCAGUCUGGGAGCUAACGUCACUCUGCUGGCGGCUAACCUCAGGCAUGACAGCAAGGCUAUGACGGGCAGCGGCAUCUUCACCCCUAGUACUUCCCUCUAUCACCACGCCUUCCACCACCCUGGGGAGCCAGAGGGGAAGCUGCUGGUGUUGAGGAUACCUGUACUGGACAGUGACUGGCUGAUGGUGAACCUCCCUAUGCCGCAGUUCCUUCCCUCUCUCCCACUCCCUCCCCCUUUCAAUUCCUUUAUGGUGGGUGACCUGUUCUUCUUCGCCUUGCUGCUUGAUUCAGAGGGCCAGCUGACUUUGUGUGACGGUCUGCUCUGCUGCCACCUGCAAUACCAACGGUCCACACAGGGUGGCAAUACGGAGCUCUAUGCUCUAGGGGUGUUCUGCUGGCAAUCACACGUGUGUGCGUUGGUCCAGUGCUCGGGGUCAGAGGUCAGCUCCUGUGGAAAGGGAGUGGAGGAGGCAGAGUCUAGACUGGACUACCGGUUGGAGGGGAAGUUUGGAACGCGUUACGUUUACCCAUCGUUGCUAGGUAGUGGCAUGGUUGUAGAUGGACCCGACCGGAUCGAGAAGACCACAGAUGGUCGAGUGACUAUGGAACACUCAGGGAUGUCCGUUGGACUGGUGACUGCAUGUCUCUACGGCAGGGUGUACGACCAGGACUAGGGUGCGUGUG